GUCCGGUCUCAAUGCGCGCCAGUCUGGAGUAGCAGAGGAACUAGCUGAAUGGAAGGCAUAUCCAUGUGGUUACAUUCAACGUUUCAGGCAAAGUGUCUUUAAAACGCAGUAGAAGACAGACAUUAAUAAACGACUAUUGUGGCUUGCAGUUAGAUAGCCGUCAAAUGCUUUUAAUGCUACCUACACAAUCUUUUAACUCUAGUUAACUAGUUAGCUAACUAGCUCGCCAGUCACUGUAACGUUACCCAUGUAGAUUUACACGUUGGUAACGUUAACUUUUCAAUCUAACGUUAAUUAACGAGGGUCAUGCUGCGACACAAAAGGUUAAUGUUUGUCUUCGCUUAUUGGUAUUCAGCAAGCUAGUUAUUUGAAGUUAGCAAAACAGACGACACAACUCAGUAGUCGUGUAAAAUGUCUAUAUUGCUCAAAAAUACCGAAGGGUGGCUUCUCGAUCAGUGUUCUUUUCUCAGUAACAGUUUUCAGUGUUGCCUCGAGGUAGGGGAAAACGACCAAAAGCAGUACUUAAAGUGUAGCUUCAAAAGGCACUAUUUUGAUAUUUUUAAGCCUCACAUCACUCUAAAACCCGACCCAACUGACACCAGUGUCACUGACAGCAGCGCACAGACUGCUGUUGGGUGCAAGGACAGCGAGGCUGAUUCUAUAUUGCCAACAGAAGAAAAACGGCAGACAACACUAACUACGGACAGAAAGAAACGGAAACGGAAACACAAGGAGCUGAACCAAGGAGAAAUUGAUUCACAGUUUUACCAUGAUAAGGUGAGAAGAGUCAUUUUGGAGGGAACCCCAAUCUUUGUUGAAGAGGGGUUUUCUUGUGGAUAUCUGAGUACAGCCGAAAAAGACAAAUUAUCGCUGCCCAUUUCCCCUGACGAUGGCCGAUUGGCAGAUUUAUGCGAUAUGGCCAAACAGCUCCCCCUGGUGGACGACAGUGAACAAAAACCCGUGCAGGUUAUUGAGGACAAUGACAAGCACCAAGUGGAGCAGUUGGAUUUGUUCACGCGGGUUACGUGUAACCCUCUAAACUGUGCUAGAGUGGUGACCCUGAUGGGGAAGCAAUAUCUACUUCCCCCACACUGCAGCUUCUUGCUUUCCGACAUUACCCGAAUGCAGCCCCUGGUGAAUUACGGGAAGAAGUUUGACGCCAUUGUCCUGGAUCCGCCGUGGGAGAACAAGUCUGUCAAAAGAAGCAGAAGGUAUAGCUUCCUGCCGUCGUCCCAGCUCAGACGGCUUCCCGUCCCCCUGCUGAGCGCUCCGGGCUGCGUGGUCGCCACCUGGGUGACCAACAGACAGAAGCACCUGCGCUUCGUGAAGGAGGACCUGUACCCUCACUGGGGCGUGGAGGUGCUGGCGGAGUGGCUGUGGGUCAAGAUCACCAGGUCGGGAGAGUUUGUGUUCCCUCUGGACUCUCCGCACAAGAAGCCAUAUGAAGUGCUGGUGCUGGGGAGAUAUCGUGGGAGCAAAGACCAUUCAGUGAGUGAUUGGACGAAGUCAGAACCCGCUCUCCCUGACAAGAGGCUGUUGGUCAGCAUUCCCUCACUUCUUCACUCCCAAAAGCCCUCCCUCUCAGAGGUGUUGAAGGAGUACCUCGGCCCCGGCACCGAGCGUCUGGAGCUCUUCGCCCGCAACCUUCAGCCCGGGUGGACCAGCUGGGGGAACGAAGUAAUCAAGUUCCAGCACGUCCACUUCUUCGACGUGGAGCCCGCAAGCUCUCCCACCGGCGCCUCUUCGAGCCCGCGCUCGCCCCUCCACCCCGGUGACGGCCCUGGCAAUGGCUAAUGAAGGGAGUUCAGUGGGUUUAACCAUGUGGGAUCAAGGUGGUGGAGGAUGAAAAUCCCAAUUUGUUUUAUAAAGUUUAAAAGAGCCUGUUAAAUCCCCUUCUCCUUUGAUCCCUAUGUGCAACUGUUUCUUUUUUUUUUUAAAUCUGUGGUAGUGUACAGCGAGUGGGUGACUCAGAGCACUGGUGAUGAGAUGAAAGAUGAAAGCAUGAAGAGCUGUUUGGUCAGAGAUCUUGUUUCAUAUCAGUAGGAGGGCCAAAGUUACCAAGCUAUGUUUAGACUUCACACUUACCCAGUUUGAAUACACAGGUCUGCGCAGUGUAAUCAUGUUAUGCUUUUUAGAUGAUGAAGUCAGGCAGGCUGUCAUCUGCUCUGAUUUCAUCAGCCAUAAGCAGUGGGAAAGAACAUAUUAUUUUAAAUACGUGUAUUACAUUCUGCUUUUAUCAGCCAUUCCUUUUAACUAACUAAC